GAAUUACUGCCCUCAUUCGACGAGCUCCGCCGAUCUCCCCAGUCUGACCACGAUCAAAAACUCCACAUACCGAUAGGGUAAAAGCGCCGAAACAUGCUUGCCGAACCCAUCAAUACUCCCAGUGGAUAUUUGCGCAAUGAGCUCUACUCAUGGAACGACACCCACUUUGUCGACUACACUCACCAAGCCAAUCUGCAUCUCCCGAUGACCCCUGAGACCGAGCGGCACCGAUUGCCGUCCCGCCAGCGCUCUCCAAAGGAAAGCAGAGAUGAAAGAGACCAGCGUCAUGCCUAUCCGCCGCGUAAGGCGUCCUUGGCACACUUCUAUUCAGCGGGUUCGGACGCUUUGUCACCACAGUAUUCAAUCGACUUCUCCGGGUUCUGCUCAUCCGAUGAGGAGGAACCAUCGGCGCCAGCGACCAACUUCUUGCCGCGCGCGAUAGUGAAUGAUUCAUAUACGAAUGUGGACUCGAUCUAUCAAAUGUUCCAUGGAUCUGAGCAGAAUGAGGAGGGCGCAGUUGGGGCGCCUGCUCCCGUAUCGCUGCCGCUCUCGCCACGGCUGUCUGAAGUAGUCGAUAUGUAUGAUUGGGCUAGGAGGUUUCCCAAGAAUAUGGACGAGGAAACGCGGCCAUUACUGGGUCAAGAGGACACAUGCGGUGGUGAAGGCCUCAUACAUAGCCACGGCGCUGAAUCGACCGAAGUCGGAUCCCCAAAAAGUCGUGACAUCAAACGAUCAAGGAGCGUCCGCCAACUGCCCAAGCUUCCAAAGCUCCAGAUCCACCUACGGUCUCGCAGCAGCACCCGUUGCGAGCGAUCACCCUCACCAUCGCGCAACUCGCAUCGCAACGCUCAGCAAAAUGGCUUCAGCCCGGACAUGAUGGACGCGAUCCAUUACAUGUCUCCACCACCGACAGCGGACACGGACAGGUCCGGAUAUAUGCUGUAUAGAGAAGAUGCUUCCACGACUUGGAAGCGAAGGUGGUGCACUAUUGAAGAUAAUCAUAUGCAUGUUUGCACGUCAGACGAAAAGGGCACAUCUCCAAUAGCAAGCAUUCGUCUCAUCCCUGGCCUCUCUGUCAUCCCCGAAGACACACCAGGUACCCCAACCUCAUCAGCCUCGCACAGCCCAACGAGUCCCCGCGGCUCCAUCUUCGCUUUCAAAGUCGUCGCGCCGCAACAGCCUCGCUCGCCAUACCUCUUUGCCGCCGAAACACGGCUGGACAUGGUGCUGUGGAUCGCGAGCAUCAUACGCGCAGCUGAGAACGCAGGAAAGAAGAAGGUCGAGCGGACGUUGAUACCUAUCCAUAGCUCGAAUGAAAAGCAGCAGCAGCAGACGCGAGGAAGGAGUAGGUCGUGGGGGCGGUCACCGAAAUCGUCCGGGGAAGAGUCGCCGAAUCCGUUCAAGGGCGGCAGGAACGUUAUUGAUGUACCCUUGUCGAAACCUCUACCGGCCGCCAAACCAACAUCAUCUUCGGGAUCAGACCCCAAGUUGGCUAGUUCGAUGAAGAGACGUUUUACGUUGUAUAUGCUUCGGCCCAGGAAGUCGUAGGCCUAGGGGAGUUCAUGACCGUAUUCUAAUGUCAUUAUGUACUAGCGUAUCAUUUCUCAUAAGCGUGCAUUGAACUGUGCACUGUGCUGUACAGAUGUGUGGGAGUAGUAAGAAAUCAUGAAGACUGCUCU